ACGAAUCAGAUCCCCCAAUGCGUACUCUGCGACUCGACCGCCCGACGACCGUAUUGGUCGAUUGGUGCGAGAAUUGGUGCGACGCGACGGCACUCGAUCGCGCCGUCUCGAGUCGCAGGCCGUGGAACAGAUGGCCGCACGAGAGGGGAGAGAGUGGAGCGCGAGCGCGAGGUUGGUACUGGAGGAGCGAGUACACGUCCCGCGGAGGGAGGAAAAACGGGAUCGGUCAAUCAGCGCGGAGGGCAGGGGGCAGGGGGCAGAUGGUCGAGGAGGACGAGGACGAGGCAUCGGGUGAUGGGAAGAAGGAUGGUUACUCGGAUCCAUGGCCGAUCGGUCGUCGUCGUAAAUCGAUGAGUCGGUCGAUUUGAUCUACCGCUCACUCUCUCACUCUCUCUCUCUCUCUCUCCCCCCUGCUCUCGCAAAGACGGCAGCGGCAGCAGCAGGAGAAGCAGAAGGGGAAGUAGCAGAAGCGCCCCCCGCGGCGUGAGCUGGGGCUCGAGGAUGCCAAUGAUGAUGACAAUCCUUUGACAACCGGGUCUCGGGGUGCCGCUACAGGCAGAGAGAGGGACGGACGAGCGUCGGAAGCGCAAGCCUCUGCCAGGGCCAGGGGCGUCACGUGCUCCGGCGUUGACCCGGCCCGCAGGCCGAUCGGCAGCUCGCUCACUGCCUCCCCUCCCAAUCCCUUCGCAAUCCCUUCGAUCUCUUCUUCUUCCUCUCCCUCCGCGACCUCCCCCCAUCGACUGCGACGCUGGAACGCUGCGGGAUCCGCUGCCCAUCCGAAGGGCUCGUGGCGCUUUCCGCCGCGCCUUCAGCGUCGGAUGUGAUCCAGAGGCGCGGCCCGGCCAACAGUUAGUAAAUUAAUUGAAAUUUUGAAAAAGCGCUCCCGGUGGAGGUUGACGAGGCUCGAAGGCCGGACGGACGGGCGCUCAUUGACUGCAGAGGCCCAGGCAGUCGAGCCCCCGUCUCGAGUUGGUUGUGCGCGACGGGACGGGACGGGCCCAAGGUCGAGGAAGUUGAAGGCCAGAGGAACGGGGUUUCUUCCAGGCCUCGAGGAUUCGGAUCUUGUUUGCAGGGAAGCCGAGGAGGAGGCUGGUGCGGGGCCGGGCGAUUUAGCGAUUGAGCGAGCGAGCGAGCCACCGAUCGACGGAAGCGAGACGGCUUGUAGGUCGAGCUGUGCGUUGUUGUUUUGUGUUGUCUGCUCCUGCUGAACCAGCGGUGGGUGGAAUUUCUCGAGAAGAAUUAGGAUGUCAGAGCGAAAGGAUCGCGCUUGAACUCCGGAGACCUUGCUCUGCUCGCAUCAGUUUAGUUUUAGACGGGGAAGCGGUGUCUGGAAGCACUGGGCCCCAGGACGACGGGGAUAAGGUUGUGGCGUUCGAGACUGCUUUGUUACUUGUUGGGGAAGAGAGACUCCUUGUUCUGUGCCUCGUUCGCUUCUGAAAAUGGCGUCUGGAGUUCGAGGACAGAGGGCUUUCUCUUCGAGAGCCCGAUCGCUGAUUACUUUGGUGAUGAUGUUUUCGGCCGCGUUGUUGGUAUUCUUGAUCUUCGUGAUUAUCGGAGUUCCUGCCGCCCUGAACAAUCCAGUCAGCCAGAGCAGCGGGGCUACCAUAGCCUUGAAGAUUCCUCAAAUCACUCGAGGACAAAAGAGAGAAGGAGACGCAGCGGUCCAGCCUUAUGUUGAAGUUUUGUCAUGGGAACCUCGUGCGUUUCUUUAUUACAACAUGCUGACUGAUGCAGAAUGUGAGCAUCUAAUCAACCUUGCCAAACCUAACAUGCAAAAGUCCACUGUCGUUGACAGUGCCACAGGACGAAGUAAAGAUAGUAGAGUUCGAACAAGUUCAGGAACUUUUCUCAAUCGAGGACAAGACCCAAUCAUCUCAGGAAUUGAGAAGAAAAUUGCUGAGUUCACUUUUAUUCCUGUUGAACACGGAGAAGGAUUACAAGUUCUUCAUUAUGAAGUUGGGCAAAAGUACGAGCCACACUACGAUUAUUUUCAUGAUUCGUUCAACACCAAGAAUGGCGGGCAGCGAAUUGCAACUGUUUUGAUGUAUUUGUCAGAUGUGGAGUCUGGAGGUGAAACGGUGUUUCCUGCAUCCAAGGUGAAUGGCUCUCUCGUUCCCCACUGGGAUGAGUUAUCGGAUUGUGCCAAAACAGGUCUGUCCGUGCGUCCAAGGAAAGGAAUGGCUCUGUUGUUUUGGAGUAUGUCCCCGGACGUUAAACUUGAUUCUAAAAGUCUACAUGGUGGUUGUCCAGUCAUAGAAGGUAACAAGUGGUCAGCUACGAAGUGGUUGCAUGUAAACAAGUACUCAGUACCCAGUUAAAAGUCGCUCUUCUCUCAGGUUUUUUCGAACCUAUUGACAUACUUAGGCUUAUCCAAGCACUCCUGCUUCCAACUUUGGGAUCACAAGCUGAUGGAGUUAAUGUCCAGCUGCGAAUGCUCAAAUGUAUGCACAGCAGUAACUUUGAAUUCACUCACUACAGGGAUCUUAGUCUUUCCUGAACAGUGUCCAACUGGUAAUUCUUUCGACAGUUGGAAUCUUGUUCUGCCCAGCCAAGGAGGAUCCCCAUUCAUACUUGGAGGACUUUUAGUUGAAAGAAAGUAACCUUUCGAUAGUGCGAGGCCAAAUAGCCUCUGCUGCCCAGGUACUUGGAAAGUGGAGCUCAUGCUAUUAGGAACAUUCAGAAUAAUAGUCAAGUGUAAAUAGGACGUACUUUGAGGACCUUGUCAAGGAGACAUCGAGUUUACGAGAUCAGAACAGCUGCCGACGAUUAUGAAAGCUGAGUACACCAGCGUAGGUUCCUGAUAUUGUCAGGUAUAUUUCGUCUUGCAUCUGCUGGAACACAUUAUGCCCGGUAUGUUCAGCCGAUUGUAAGAACGUGCCACUUCAGCCGUGGCAAUUUUUUUUGAUCAAGUGAUUAUAGUCGAGAAGAGCGUUGAACAGGAGCUAGUCUUGAUGACCACCACCAGUAUAUCGAUAUCGACUCUUAAGUCUACUGCCUACAUUUAGAUGAGUGUUAUUGCACAACUCGACGAAUUAUCCAUCUUUCAGCUAUUAGUAUGCAAGAGCCGGGCUCUUCUCUAGGUAGUCAAGAAAGGAAUGACUCCUUACUUGAUAAACAGGAUGUAUUAGGAUAGAUUGAAAACUAUCAUCUUAAAAAAGGUGACAUCCGCAUGCCCCGGAGAACAUGCAAGUAUGAGGAUGGAUAAAUCUGGACGGAGGCCCAUAAUUAAAGGACGACUUUGAAACCC